AUGGUCAAUCACCUGUCAUCCUCUCUUCCUACAAUCAACCCAUCUUCACCACUAACAAACAACCAUCCAUCCUCAGAAAACACUGCACCAAAUUCACCUCCUCAAGCACCACUUGAAGAAAGAAACAAAGAACUCCGUAUUUAUAGAAGGAGAACAUUUCAAAAUAUAGAGGCUAACAUGCAAAGCCAGGACUGUUCAAACACACAUUUGAGCUUACUUGACCUUGAAAAUCAUGAAGGUAAGGACUCUAUGACCCAUGAGUUGGUACCUACUGCUAUUGAUGAUCUUGAUUUGCCUAUUGCUCAUCGAAAGGGUGUUGGAACAUGCACUAGUCACCCAAUAGAAAGGUAUGUUGCUUAUGGGAAAUUAACUCCUAUGUAUCGAGCCUUUGUUGUCUCUCUUGAUCUUGUCCAGAUUCCCACAAGCAUCUACGAGGCACUAAGAGAUCCCAAAUGGAAGGUUGCUGUCAAUGAGGAAAUAAAUGCUUUUGAGAAGAAUGGUACAUGGCAUCUUGUUGAGUUAUCUCAAGGAAAACAUGCAGUUGGAUGUGAGAUUUCAAACCUCAAGAGGUUUCUUACAUCAGAAUUUAAGAUCAAAGAUCUAAGAUUCCUCAAAUACUUUCUUGGGAUGGAGGUAGCUCGAUCUAAGGAAGGGAUUGUUAUAUCUCAACGAAAGUACAUCCUAGAUCUUCUAAACGAAAUUGGAAUGCUUGGAAGUAAGCUAGCAUAUACUCCAAUGGACCCUAACUUAAAAACAAAUCGGAGUGGGGAACCAAUUCCAGUAGAGAGGGGGAGCUAUCAAAGAUUAGUGGGAAAACUAAUUUAUCUCUCCCACACCAGACCUGAUAUUGCUUUCUCUGUUAGUGUUGUAAGUCAACAUAUGCAUAACCCUAAUGAGGAGCAUUUGGAAGUUGUUUAUCGUAUUCUAAGGUAUCUCAAAAUGACACCAGGUCUUGGUUUGCACUUCAGAAAACAUGACAACCGAGACCUAGAAGUCUACACGGAUUCUAGUUAG